AUGGACUGGAAGACCCUCCAAGCCCUACUGAGCGGUGUGAACAAGUACUCCACAGCCUUCGGGCGCAUCUGGCUGUCAGUAGUGUUCGUCUUCCGUGUGCUGGUAUACGUGGUGGCUGCAGAGCGUGUAUGGGGAGACGAACAGAAGGACUUUGACUGCAACACCAGGCAGCCUGGCUGUACCAACGUCUGCUACGACAAUUUCUUCCCCAUCUCCAACAUCCGCCUCUGGGCCUUGCAGCUCAUCUUUGUCACAUGCCCCUCGCUGCUGGUCAUCUUGCAUGUGGCCUACCGUGAGGAGCGUGAGCGCAAGCACCGCCUAAAGCACGGGGACCAGUGUGCCAAGCUGUACAGCGAUGCGGGCAAGAAGCACGGUGGCCUCUGGUGGACCUACCUGCUCAGCUUGGUCUUCAAGCUCCUCAUCGAGUUUCUCUUUCUCUACCUGCUGCACACCUUGUGGCGGGGCUUCGAGAUGCCUCGCCUGGUCCAGUGCGUCAGCGUGGCCCCCUGCCCCAACACCGUGGACUGCUACAUCGCCCGGCCCACCGAGAAGAAAAUCUUCACCUACUUCAUGGUGGGCGCCUCGGCGGUCUGCAUCGUGCUCACCGUCUGCGAGAUCUGCUACCUCAUUUUCCACCGCAUCCUGCGACACCUGCACAACAGAGGCUCCCGUCAGGGCCGCAGCUCCACCUCCUCCACCAGUCGGGCCUCCACCUGCCGCUGUCAUCACAAGCUGUUGGAGGGCUCGGAACCCAGUAACGAGAAGUCACAAGCCUCGGCACCCACUCUGACUCCCAUCUGAGUGUGCGUUGCUGGGGGGAGACAUUGGGGCUGCCGACACAGAGAGGCAGGAAGGUUUUA